CGAAAGUCCUAUACAUACGAAACGGACGACAUAUCCAGUAAUUUUACGAUACGUCUAAAACACGGCACCGAAUGGUUUCACUGUCACAGAUAUCCGCAAAAGUUUGAGGCCUUCUUCAUCGACAGCAAGAGUGGCAACAAAAUCGCCUGUCUUUACGUCAAGACAUGCGAGAAACCCAAGUAUACCAUUCUGUUCAGCCACGGAGGGACAGUCGACUUGGGCAAUGUCUGCAACUUUUACUAUACGUUAGGCACUCGUCUUAAUUGCAAUAUAUUUAGUUACGAUUACUCGGGCUUCGGUGAGAGCAGCGGAUCGGUGUCCGAGCGGGCGGUGUAUGCGGACGCCGAGGCGGCGUGGGAUGUGCUGCUCACCAAAUAUGGCGCAACACCUGAUAAGAUUGUAUUAUACGGCCAGAGUCUGGGCACCGCUCCCAGCGUAUACUUAAGCAAAAAACAUCGCGUCCGCGGAGUUAUACUCCACUCACCCUUCCUGUCGAUUGCCCGCAUAUUCUUGCCGGCCAUUCACGGCGACAACAGUGGCACUCGUUUUUACGAUUCCUUCUCAAAUGUGGACAAUAUCGGUUCGGUUGAGUCCAAGAUACUGAUAAUACACGGCACUCGGGAUCAGAUCGUGCCGAUAGCACACGCGCACAAACUGCACAAACUAUGCAAAAACCCGGCG